AUGACGUCGGCAGCGGAUGCGUUGGCAGCAGCCAACGCAGCAACAGCAGCUAUCGCGGCUAACGACGCACGGAUCGACGCCAUUGAAGUCGGUCAGACGGCCAUUGCUACCCAAUUGGCCCAACUUUUGGCCAUCGUUCAAGCUGGCGGCGCCGGCGGCGGUGCUGGAGGUGGGGGUGCUGGCGGAGGCGGUGGCGGUUGCGCUGGCGGAGGUGCUGGUGCUGGCGGAGGCGGUGGCGCUGGUGGAGGUGGCGGUGCUGGUGGAGGCGGUGGCGCUGGUGGCGGUGGACCUUUGUUGCCUCCAUUACCCCCCCAAAGACGGCGACUGGAUCCAUCCGGAGUUGACAAACUUCACAGCGAUAUAUCUAUUCCGCUUUUGAAAUCAUGGAGGAAUCGGUGGAAUGAUUUUGGAACUAAGUCAGCUGGCUAG